AAUACGUAACUUCACUUUAUCCAUUCUUCUUCUUCCCUCUUUUCCUUAUCUUCUGCAAUUCCAUCCAUUCCAUCAUUGCCAUAGCCACAACCACUUUCUUUGUGUCUCUUCAUAGACACAAAGACAUUUAACAUUCAAUAACAACAACAUAAAAUGUCUCUAUCUUUUGUUCGUAUCUCUUGUUCCUCUCAUUCAUUUCCACACUCUUUCCCAUCUCAAUUACCAAAUUCCCGCACUGCCCAUUUUCUCUUAUGUUCUUAUAAACGCAGAAACGUGUACUGUUCAUCUUCCAUUCAGCGUGGUGUCUUCAAAGUAUGUUCUUUUUCAACCUUUGGUGGAGGUGCUGAAUUUGAAAGUAUGAGUCAAAGAAGCCAUGAUGAAGAAGAAGAUGAUGAACAACAAAUUAGGACUAGGGCUGGUGAUGAAGAUGAAGUGGAGGAUGAUGAUGAAGAAGAAGGGUGUGUUAGUUCUUUUGUUUUUCCUGAAAGAUGGGAUGUUUUAGGUCUUGGACAAGCUAUGGUAGACUUCUCUGGAACAGUUGAUGAGGAGUUCCUGAAGAAUUUGGGAUUAGAAAAGGGAACAAGGAAACUUGUAAAUCAUGAGGAAAGAGGUAGAGUUUUGCAAGCCAUGGAUGGUUGCAGCUAUAAAGCUGCUGCUGGUGGAUCUCUUUCUAAUACUUUAGUUGCCUUGGCAAGGCUUGGAGGUCGCUCUCUUCGAGAUCCUGCUAUAAAUGUGGCAAUGGCUGGCAGUGUGGCGAGCGAUCUAUUGGGUGGCUUCUACAGGGAAAAAUUACGCCGAGCAAAUGUGCAAUUUCUUUCUGCACCUAUCAAGGAUGCGACAACUGGAACUGUUAUAGUUCUCACAACACCAGAUGCUCAACGCACAAUGCUUGCAUAUCAGGGCACAUCGUCAACUGUCAACUUCGACACUUCCCUGGCAAGUGCAGUUUCUAAGACCAACAUACUUGUUGUUGAAGGUUAUUUAUUUGAACUUCCUGAUACUAUUAAAGCAAUAACAAAAGCUUGUAAGGAAGCUAGGAGUAACGGUGCUUUGGUUGCAGUAACAGCUUCAGACGUUACAUGCAUCGAGAGACAUUAUGAUCAUUUCUGGGAAAUUGUAGGCAAUUAUGCAGAUUUAAUCUUCGCGAACGCUGACGAGGCGAGAGCUCUAUGUAAUUUUGAUGCAAAGGAAAGCACUGUUUCUGUUACAAGGUAUCUAAGUCAGUUUGUCCCUCUAGUAUCCGUUACCGAUGGUCUCCGAGGCUCUUACAUAGGCGUAAAAGGUGAAGCAGUAUACAUCCCUCCUUCUCCAUGUGUUCCGGUAGACACUUGUGGUGCUGGUGAUGCAUAUGCAUCUGGCAUAUUGUAUGGUGUUUUAAGAGGCGUGUCGGAUUUAAGAAAUAUAGGUACAAUAGCAGCUAAGGUUGCAGCCACUGUUGUUGCACAGCAAGGAACAAGGCUUAGAAUUUCAGAUGCAGUCAAAUUGGCCGAAUCUUUUGAAUUUCAACUUGAUACGUCCGUUGUUAGGUCCGAUAUCGGUACUGUUUAAUUAGAUUGUAACCUUGUAUUUAGUACCAAAAUUCUUUCAUAUAAUGAAGGAAGAAAUGUAUUCCUUUGAUAUGUUUCAUAAGUCCUGUAAAUACUUUCAUUGUAAAAGAAUAGCUAUGCUGGCAAUUAAAUUACUUAGGCUUCUGUCCAUUCUCCAUCACACAAUAUUAUUGUUAUUAGGUACAUUGAUGUAUUCUAUCUAAAUACCUAUAUGUAAUAUGAAGUGGGUUGGUCCAUGUCAUUUUGUAUUUGGUCCAUGUCAUUGAAGUGGGUUGUGGUUAAUAAAA